AUUAAAUAGACAUUAUUUGAUAAAAUAAUGUAAAAAUGUAUUGUAAAUGUAAAGUACAAAUUAAUAUAAUCUGAGACUGAAAUUCUGAUUGGAAAAAUGAUAUUGAUACUAUAUUCCAGUAUUAAAUAUUGUAUUUUAAUUAAAUAACCAAAAAAGAUGCAAUAAACAUCUGUAUGUAAAAGAUACGUGAUUACAUUUAUUAUUAUAUUGCUCUAUGUCAUGGUCAUACAAAUUGUGUUCUACACAGGUAGUUCCGCCAUUUUGUAUUUGAUAAGGUAUCUAAAGAACACGUGUAUCUGACGUUAAGAAAUGUCAGAUUUUGAAAUGUGAUUCAGAAUUUAUGUUUAUUGUAACAGAAAAGUGUAUGUAUUUGUUAAGAAAAUGACGCAGAAAGGUACAUACAUUAUGAUUAUGAGAAAGAUACAAAAAGUGGAAGAUACUUUGAAAGACUCCAUGUAUAAGGUUGAUUUACUCGAGAAGAAGCUUAAAACAAAACAACUCACUAUAGAAAGUCGGGAGCAACUAGAGACAAAACUAAAUGAAAUUAAAAAGGUAUUAAAAAAAAAUGAAGAAAAACUGAAAAGAUUAAGAAAGCAAAAAAGUACGUUAUUCAUGGUAGCAGCAGGCAUGGUUUUUGCAUGUUUUCUGUUUUAUGGAUUGUACUUAAUGAUUUAUUUAAAGGUAUAAUUUAAAAUUUUUACACAUAUGUAUA